AUGCAGGCGGCCCUGCAGCAUCCAGCAGUGCGGGCGGCGCCGCAGUCGCCAGCCCCACGCCCACCGCUGGGCGCGUUGGCAGCACCCCACCUCCGCCGCCAGCAGGCGCAGGCAGCACCGCAGCAGGGGCGCUGCCGGCGGCAGGUGCAAGUUGCAGCAGCCGCAGCAGCGCCAACGACGGCUCCUGGGCGGCACGCGGCAUCCGCCGCCGACGGUGGGCACACCGCGCUGCUGCACAGCCUGGGCGAAGUGGGCGACGUGGCGCCCAUGCACUUGCCCUGGCUCCUGCGCCUGGCCCACAUCAAGUCCAAGAUCACCGGCGGCGACUCCAACCUGGCGCUACAGGAGAGCGCCCGCGGGCUGUUGAUGUGGAAGGCGGCGCUGGAGCGGGGCCUUGUGCUGGACGACUUCACCAUCCAGCAGCUGAUUGACGAGAAGGACUCGUUUGUGGCGCGGCAGACAGUCGAGGCGCUGCGGUGGCCUGAGGAGCCGCUGCGUUUUGUGCUGGUCCGCAGCUUCUCCACACUUGGCGUGGCGCGCUUUGCGCAAAAGUAUCCCGCGGUGCUGGAUGCGCUGCUGCGCAGCGUGCUGGAGCUGAUUUGCAAGUACCAAAAGACAGUGAUUGGCGAGGUGGAUAUGGUGGAGCGUGAGGUGGAUGGCUCGGGCCAGGUGUACAUGACGGCAGCAGAGCUGAUGGCGGAGGAGGUGAAGCGGCGCGGAGAGAUUGCCCGCAGUGCUAACCAGGCAGGCGGCAUGCAGCCAGCAGCCACAGCAUCACAAUCCACCGACGAGGAGGAGGAGGAUGUUGCAGAGGAGCGUGCCAGCUGGAGCUUUGAGCGUCAGACAGCCGAGAUGCUUGUGGCAGGGGUCGUGGCACAGUGGCAGAAGCCAAUCGACACGCUCAGCAAGGCGGGGCGCGCCUUUGAUGGCCUGGAGUCGCUGCUGGGCGGUGCUCGUGGCGGCGCCUUUGACCUGGGCGGCAACAUCUGGAACCGCAAGUAUGAGGGCAACAGGCAAGCGGCUGACUUCAAGGUGGCGGUCUUGCAGGGCUGGGCUGAGAUGGACAAGAUGAGGGAGAAGCUAGAGGACCUGAAGGAGCUGCGCGAUCUUGUGCGCUCGCUGGGCAGGGGCGGCGGCUGGGGCCCGCUGCGUCGCGCUCCUGUGCAGCACUUGGAGAUGAGCGGGCGGCCAGGCCUGCUGCGUACAACCCUCGAGGCCCAGGAGACGCGCGGCCUCACUCGCUCCGACGACAUUUCCCGCCUCCUGCCCUCAGAGGCGGCACUGCUGGCGCGCGGGCGCGUGGUGCGCCAGGCCAAGCUGCUGUUCUACGCCAGGCUGGCGGAGAAGGGGCUGUCCACGUAUGAGCGCGACGGCUGGAGUGAGUUCCCCACCCAGAUCCACUCUGAACGCCGCGAGAUCCGGCCCACCGCAGACCGCGGCCCCAUCCUGCUCUGCGUGGACACCUCGGGCUCCAUGCGAGGCGCGCGUGAGGUGGUGGCAAAGGCGCUGGCCCUGGAGUGCAUGCGCGCCGCCAAGGCCCAGGAGCGCAACUGCUACGUGUUUGCGUUUGCGGGGCCGCAGGAGGUGCGCGAGUUGGAGCUCAACAUGGACCUGAAGAGCGUGAACAACCUGCUGGAGUUCCUGGAGAAGGUGUUCAACGGCGGGUCGGAUUUCAACGCCCCCGUGCAGCGCUGCCUGGGCCGCCUGCACGACGCCAAGUGGGCGAACAGCGACAUCCUGCUGGUAUCUGACGGCGAGCUGCGGCAGCCAGGCCCCGAGAUCAUGCGCAAGCUGGCGGGGGCCAAGGACAAGCUGUCGCUGCGCGUGCAUGGCCUGAUUGUGGGCAGCCCCGACAAGAAGCGUGCCGACCCUGCGGUGCUGCGGGGCCUGUGCAGCCACACGCUGCCCAACGGCAAGAACGAGGUGCUGGUACACGAGUUUGAGAGCUGGGCCGGUGUGCAGGCAGACCGCAGCAUGCAGUUUGACUGGGACGAUGCCAUGGGCAAUGCGGCGCGGCGCGAGGCGGGUCUGCGCCUGGAGAAGAUGCGGCAGGCGGAGAUCAAGCGGCGGCGGCAGGAGCAGCGCGGCGAGAAGAAGGACGUCAAGGCUCUGCGCAUGCCCUCAAAGGACGCGUCCUCUUUCGAUUAG